AUGAUGAUCUCUCGAGUUGCCGUCCAGUAUGCCCCCGUGGUUGCCACUCGAGCCGUAGCUGCCAGGUCGUUGGGUCUAAUGCGGAUGUCCUCGGUGGCGUUCUCGAGCCCUGCAUGUGCCAAGUUGAACAAGUCUCUCGGGUCUGAACUCCAACAUGAGAAAGAAUCUUACGAGCAACCCGCUAUUUGCAAGCAAUUCCUGGCCGAUCAAACUUGGAAAUUCGAAGAGGUUGAAGGUGAUGUAAAUAUGAGCAUCACCAGGCAGCUCCCGGGAGAUAAGACCGCCGUCAUUGAGUGGCAGCUUACCAGCCCUUUCAAUGAUGCUGGCUUCGAUGGUAUGGAAGCGGAGGCUACUGAUUUCACUGUGACCAUCGAGAAUAAGGCUGGACAGGGUCUCAUCUUCUACUGCAGUACAGCAGCUGGGGAAGGUCAUCGUUAUGUGAUUGGAAACUGCAGGGCGUUUACUUCGGUUGCUGAAAAGGAAUCAGCGUCGAGCUAUAACGGUCCCGAGUUCGAGGAUCUUGAUGACAACAUGCAGGAGGCUUUCGAUGAGUAUCUUGCCGAGGUUGGUCUCACUGAUGGGGUGUGUGACUUUAUUGAUGCUACGGCUCUUGAUAAGGAACAGAGGGAGUACAUGAGGUGGCUGUCCCAAUUGAAAGCGGUUGUUGGUGGUAACUAG